GCUCGAGCCAUCAGUGGUCGACUGUGUGUCGGCAAGAGCCCACGUGUCUGCGAUGCCGACCAAACAGCAGAAUCCGUCAUUGGGAAUGCAAUUCGCAGCAAGCAGCGACAACGUCGCUGUUUUUGCGACGCCCGAGUCGUGGACAGUGUACCGACGGUUGAAGAAAGGGGAAGUCGUCCACGCAGCCGGCCCCGCGAAGAAAGUCGGAAAGCACCAAAUGCAGCCCAUUGUUCCCGAGGGUGCCGUUCAGACCGAUUUCUUGCGUCCUGUACGCCAUGACAGUAAACGUGCUGAAUUUGUCACUGGCCAUUUUACGGUGAGCAAGCACUGGAAUUUGCCUCUUGCAAAGGUCACAUGCAAGGACACGGGUUUCUGGAAGGGCUCUCUCAGUAAGCUGCUCCAUAUCGAGGGCAGCAUCACCAUCAGAGAUAUUCGCGUCAAUUUAUCGCCAUGGAUAGACAAAGAUACACGCGCCAAGGCCCUCCACACAGUCUGUGUCAGGUGGGAAGCGGAGGCCGAGAGGGGCUCGCCCUUGUCCCAGUUCGAGGUUGGAGAGUUUUUCGAGGCUGAGUGGAAGAAGUUCACACGUGGCUCUUGCAAUAGCGUAGAGGACCGCAAGGUGAGCACAGAUUCAGAGUCUAAUCCGACUGAAAUCUCUGCCAGAAGAUGGACAGCUUACUGGGACAAUCACCCCGAAUUGCAAACAGCUGAUCGUGCAACAAUGCAGGAAGCGUAUACUCGCCUUCAAGAAAGUUGUGGAGAACCGACCUCUGGCAAAGUAUCUUUCUCUCGAGUAGCCCAUUUGCUCCGUGCGACAGGUCGGCAAGAAUAUGGGACAUGGGAAGACUCCGGCGGCAAACCUCCAUCCAUCAGCCAAAAGAACGACGCGCAAGUGGCUGCUGCUUUAGCUCAAUACAUUGCCAAAUGUGGAGGUUUCCUGCAGGCUAGCUCAGUCAGCUCCUUCUAUGAGAAAGACGCUUCCUUUAGGGAGGUCGGGUGGCGGCGGAUUAUUGCAGGAGGCCGCAAGCUUCGACAAUUUUGCGAUGAACAUCCGUUUUGGUUGCGGUUCAGUCUUGAGGGAGGGCCUCCAGGGACAAUUUUCGCCGCGCAGAGUUCCAAUGAGGACCGAGCACAUGAUAUCACGUCCGCAGGCGUCGCAGGGGCCAACGUCAAAGACGCGGAGGUUGCAGCCAAGCUUUUGCAAUAUAUCGAAGGCCGCGGCGGCUCCAUUUCUGCAGAAGGCAUGACCGAGUACUACAAAGAACACCCCACGCAUAAGAAAAUCGAAGUCACCCAUGGAGGGCGUACCUUGCGCGAGUUCUGCGAGGAGCACCCGGAUGCCUUCAAGUACGAAUUCAAGGCUGGUCAGACCGCGACAAUUUCUUCCACGCGGGUGCCAAAGCAUGUCUGUACUGGGCCCGGUCGGAAGGCUGCUGGCGGGAGUCUGGAGCCAGAGCUUGAAGCGUUGCGGUGCAGAUUGGUUGCCCUGCUGAAAGAAGCCGGUGGGCGUAUUCUUGGCAGCGUAUUAGGCAAGCUUUACAUUGAGAACCCAUCGUGGCGCGCCGCAGUGAAUGAGGUCGGAGGGAUGAAAGGAAUGUGCAAGCGGUUUGGCGGCAUGCACGUGAGCGUAAGCUCUUCUAGCACCGCUGAGAUAGUACUCGAAGGUGCGGAGGGAGCCAGAGCAGCCCUCGAUGACGGUGCGUCCAGCGAUACAGUCCGAACGUCGACGGCGCGUCCAGAGUCCAGCGAGCUUGAUGACGCUGCGUCUAACGAUGAGUCCAGCGUUAAUGAUGACGCUUUCACAGCAUACAGACACGAGAUGCGAUUGCUAGUAGACAACAUAUGGUGGUCCCACGAUACGAUCACGGUUCGAUUUACGGACGGGAGGUUACUUGUGGACACACUGCGUCAGUUGCUGGAUGGGGAGUUGGAGGUUGACGAGCUCCCUCCAUUCGACGUGUGGGAGCACGAGGGCCAGUGGCACGCAAUCACCGGCAACCGCAGACUGUGGGUGCUGAAGGAGUUCUCGAAGGCACGCACCACGAGGCUUCACGUCCGCGUCAACCGCCUCGAUCCGCAGAGCGCCCCCUGCGAGGGAAAGGCGAAGCGAAUGUGGGCGACGCGGACACAGGGGAAAUCCGUGCAGUUCGUGGUGCAGCGUCGCGACAAAGCACACUUCCCGUGCAUGGCCUUCGCCCUCGCCGAGGCCGGACUCCGCGAGGGGGGAGGGCCGAGCCCAGUCGACAUGUUGCUCGGUGGUGCCAUCCAGGCAGCCGGUGGCAGCAUCGGGAUGCCUGAGCUCGGAUCUGCUCUGCACUGGGGGACUGCAGCGACUGCGGCAAUGGGGAAGCUCGGCCGCUAUCCAAUCUUGCGGGCCGGCCCCAUCUCUUUGAUGUGUUGGAUGGCCCCAAUGGGCGCGUGAUGUUUUCAUCGAGUUUCGCCCGAGUGGCAAAGCGGCAGCAGCCUGCAAACGCGCAGCAGUGCUCUGAACUUGGCGACUGGGAGACGCUCGCGCAGUCCUUGAUCAGCGUGCAAAGCACCCCGUUGCUAACGAAAGCGGCACCGCAGUCUGCCUUGCCGCCGCCACCUAGCAGUGGUGCCGAGCGAACGUCUGCCGCACAUCAUCGGUCGGCGUUUCUGCCGUCUCAGACACAGUUGGCAGUCGCAAGCGACAGCAGAGGAAGCCUGGCUGCAUCUUGCGACCCUUGGUUCCAAAGCGGCACGGACCCAUGGCAGGUGAAAUUGUCUUCUUCGAACAGCGGCGUCUCCAGCAUCUCUGAAAGUGAUCCAUGGCAGACGUGGCACAAGCAAACAGAGGACGAGGUUCCUAAGUCGGCAGCUGCGCAAAAACCUAUUGGUAGCAUCGAUUCCGAGCAAAGUCCAGAGCUGCAGAGAAGCUUGUCGGGAGGGCGGGUGACGAUUCGGCUUGGAGAUCAUUUGUCUGACACGCCUGUAACAUACCCGAUGUGCUCCCCUGGGACACUUACAACUGGAAUCUCAUUAUCAGACAUGUCCACUCAGACCGUCGAGCAGGUAGGUGGGGAGCGCACUUUAUUGCAAGAGGGCGUGACCGAGUUGCCAGUGUGGAAGCACACGCACGGUGCAGAAGCAGGGCAGCUUUUGAUCCCAGAGGUGCGCCAGCUUCCGAUCCUGGAUGUUCAGGAGGAUCUCGAAAGUGUCUUCGCGUUGAUCCCACCUGGCCUCAUCUCUCAGGCGGUCGUCCAGGGCUUCCAAGGCGCUAGCCAGUUGCUGCGGUCCGUUGUGAUUCAAGUGGGUGCCCGACCCCAGGGUUUCAGUGGUGCAUCGCACACGUUCUUGCAUGAUGAUUCCAGCAUCAUUGUUCUUCCGCCGCAUGUGGAAUCGAUCGUCCGCGUCAUCGGCGACAGCGCCGCUGGCAUGAUCGGAGAUUCUCUGCACCGGAUCAGCUACAUGAGUGCACCAGCGAGUGGCAAAGUCUGCGGGGUUAUGAUACGGGUGGGCCGCGCCAUUCUUGGCGCGUGCAGCUUGGUGGCUGACCUCCUCACGGACGCGCAGCGCUCCCUCGUGGUGCUUGGCGCAGUCGGCACCGGGAAGACCACCGUGCUGCGAGACGCGGCACGGCUCCUGGCACAAGACCGCGCCGUGGUGGUGAUCGACCAGGCAGGCGAGGUGGGCGGCGGAGGAGCGGCCGUACACCCGUCGUUGGGCUCUGCAUGGCGCGUGGCGGUGCCCGCAGGCGAGACACAGAUGACGGCCAUCAUGGGGGCCGUGGACAGCCACGCUCCCGAGGUGGUGGUGGCCGACGGCAUGGAGCCCGCGAUGGCGAUGGAUGCCGCAGCGUACUGCAGGACGGCUGGCGUGAGGCUUGUCUGCUCGGCGCGGGGUACUCUGCAGAGCUUUGUGGACCUGCUGGCCGCGGGCGCUCCAAGGCCCCGCCAUGGCACCUCAGAGCCUCGGAGCGGCAGGGAGCAGUCGUACCAAACGCCGAUCGGCGCGCUGGUGGAGCUGCCCCGGUCUCCCUCCGACGCCUGGAAGCUGGUCCUGGACAGCGGGCAUGCUGCGAAGUGCUUCUCGGAGGGAAAGCCAUACCCGGUCCAUCUCCGCUCAAGGCAUCCGUUGGAGACGGAGGCUUACUCACAAGCCCGCUCGAGAUGUCCCCCACCGAGGUGAGCGCACGCCGCAGCACACUGCAGACGAGGCCGCGCAUUCUGCGCCGGCAGGUUCUGCCGUCUUCGGGUCUGGCAGACCUCCGUCGCCUCGGUUGUUUCAGUGCGGCGUCCCGGGGAAGCCCCGACCCCUUCCCCUGGGUCCGAUCUCACUUUCCGGACGCAUCUUUUAUGUCGGGGGUUGGGGCGCGAAGUCGUGGGGGUGGCGACAAAUGAGGGGGGGAAGAAAGGUGCCCUCCUCGGGCCCUAAAGGGGCCCCGUCUGGGCCCUGAAGGGCCCCUGUAGGGGCCCUCAACGGGCCCCUUUUCUGCAGCCCUCGCUGCCCCCCCCCAAUUGGUCGCCCCCCCACUGACGCGCGCCGAUUAGCAGACAAUAAGAGACGGCCGACGUGCAGCCACUCCCGCAAAGCGGCGAGGUUUGGCUGGCAUUGCAUCAUUUUGCCUACGCGCUCCGGCGUUUGGCUGUUCGUUUCGUUUCGCACUGAUUCGCUCCCAAGGGGCGCCCAAGAGUGGGGGGGGACGAGGAGCUGGGAGGGACGAGGGGCCACGGGCUAAGAGGGUUGCAUUCUGGCGGGCUUCCAGAGGCCCCUCGCGGCCGCACGGUGCCCCUCGUGGGUCUGGCCGGCGGGCGGGUCCCGCUCGGCACGGAUCCAACCCCACUGAGAAGCAGGGCAGGCCGCUCGUGCUUCGGCUGCUGCAGAGGGCGCCCCCUGCUGCACACGGAGCGAGGGCUCCUCCCCUCUCCCCCCGCCUCCCGCCCCCACCCCCUGGCUGGCCUCGAGCCCCAGCUGGCCUCCCCCGCCAGCCACGACCACGCUGGGCAUCAUCUGCCGUUGUGCAAGACCCGCUCGCCCCUCUUGGGGUGACCAGGGGCCGACUCGGGCUUUGGGUGAGGACCUCCCGCGCGGGGUUCUCCCAGCGCGGAUUUUCUUGAAUCCGCGCGGAUUUGUUGAAUCCGGCGGCGCCUCUGGCGCCGCCCCUGGCGCGCUCCGCGCGCCAGGGAGGGAAGUCCAGCGCAGAUCCAAGAAAUCCGCAUCGCCGAAAGUUCAUGCUAAUGGCGCUUUGUCUCCUUCUAGCGAGGGCUCCUCCCGCAGGCGCGAGGCCAGGACGGCGGCCCAGCGACGGCGAGUUGUACGCCACGCCCGAUCGCGAGGGUCGGGAGUCCUCGGGCCCCGCCAAGCUCCCGCCGUGCCCGCGGAGCGCGAGGGCGAGAGGCCUCGCGCCGCGGGCGGCCCGCCCUCUGCCCGCCUGCCUGCUUGCCUGCCUCGCCUGCCUGCCUGCCUCGCCUGCUGCCCUCCCUCCCCCCUCCUCCUCAA